AUGUCCUCUCACCGGACCAGUCAACGUGGCCGUGGUGGGCUUCCGCCUGUGCGUAGGCAGAAGAUAUCCUCGGCCUCCUUCCAACGGCUGGCGCGACUUUUGGAGCAGUACGACAACCCGCCUUCUGACGCAGCUGCUUCUGCCUCGCAACAACGUAUGUCUGAAACUACGACCACUCCCAGCGAAUCGACCUCAUCGACUGCUGCCACAGCUUCUACGACCAUACCAACCGCUUCAUCUCAGCUCGCUAAGUCGGCGCAUCCACCUGCUGCAAGGACCGGGUCUCUAGCUGAGUCAGCGCCAACGAGCACUCCACAGAUGCCUCGACCUGAGGGUUUCCGUCGACAGACGGAGGUGGUUGUCGGUGUGCUAGACGGCAAGACGGCCACCAAGCGCAAAGUCGUUCCGGACACGCAUACGCCGCAGAGCGCCGGUUCCGGCUCCCAUGCGGCGCUAGAUAUCAACACGAAAGACUCCGAAUGGAUGGAUGUUGAUACCGGCGCUAGCGAGACAACCAUGGAAGAGCCCGAACAUCCAUCAAAGCGCGCGCGGGGCACGAAUGCCGCGACAUCAUCUACCACUGGCAAGAAGGAUCCUCUUGAAGUGCUCAAACAUAAGCGAAACAUCUUGUUACGAGAGAUGGUGCGCCAGGACGGUCUGAGAGGCAUCGAGCUGCGUGCGAACGGGUUUCCCCCAUGUGCCCGAUGCGAAGACGCGGACGGCCGCGUGGAGUGCUUGGACUGUUUACGGCCUGGAUUAUACUGUUCAUCAUGUAUCAGCCAACUGCACGAGUAUGAGCCGCUUCACACUGUUCACGAAUGGAACGGAGACUUCUUCGUCUCUUCCUCGCUCGAGAAGGCUGGCCUGGUUGUCCAACUGGGACACGAUGGCGGGCCGUGCGCUCAUCGCGAGCUUCAAGACAGUCUCCUCACCGUCAUCGACCAGAGCGGAAUACACCGCGUACGCUACGCUCUGUGCAAGUGUUACAGGGAAGGUGCUUCCGAACCAGCAGUUCAGAUGAUGCGUGCGCGCUGGUGGCCGUCUACUUGGUCAAGACCCAAGACCGUAGUCACUCACUCCACCCUCCGCUUGUAUCAUGCGAUGGCGAUGCAAGGAAAGAUCAACAUGUACGACUUCUAUAAUGGGAUCGUGCGUAUCACGGAUGGUGUGGUCAGGGUCAAGUCUAGCUAUAAAGCGUUUGUGCGCUGUGUUCGUAUGUUCCGCCACCUCCGGCAGGCCAAACGCGCGGGUGUCGCCCAGAUGCCGAACGGUGUAGACGACGUGAAGCCCGGUGAUACUGCGCUACCCUGUCCAGCUUGUCCCCGGCCCGGCGUCAAUCUGCCCGACGGUUGGGAGAACGCGCCGCCAGAAGAGAGGUUUCUAUAUGCGCUCUUGAUCGCCAUCGACGCCAACUUCAAGUUGAAGAUGAAAGACAAGGGCGCUAAGAACAUCGAGUUGGGCGACGGAUGGUCUUUCUUCGUGGGGAACGAAGAAUACGAAGAGCAUCUGAAGAACAACACUGACUUAACGGAGAUGAAACAGUGCGAAUCAGAACAUAACGCUCUGCGUAACGCGAAUAUGGCAACCUCGAAGCGUUGGGCAGUCAACGGUGUAGGCGUCGCCAUGUGCGCCCGGCAUCUCCUUUAUCGCGCGCAGGGUGUUGUUGAUCUUCCACGCGGCGAGAGGUUCGCAUGCAUAGACUACGGGGUCUUCUCGAUGCUGAGAGCGACCGCGAAGGACAUCAAGACUCUGUUGUUCUCGUACGACAUAUCCUGCUCUUGGUCGGUCAACUUCCACACCCGGCUCACCUCCUUCUACAACCAUCUCUAUUCCCUUCCCGACGACGCUAUGGUGACUUUUGUUGUCCCAAAAUUCCAUCUUGAGGUACACGGCGAAGAUUGUAAGUGUGCGUUCAAUCUGAAUCACACGAGCGGGGCGGGAAGGACUUGUGGCGAGGGCGUUGAGGCUGGUUGGGCGGAUAUGAACGCCACUGGCGUAUUCACGCGCGAGAUGAGCCUGACCCAUCGGCACGAAGUCAUCGACGACUUCCUGCAAGCGAUCAACUGGCGCAAGAUCAAGACUAUGGAUCGUGCUCUGCUUAAACAGCUCGAGGAGGCGCUGCCUAUGGCUGCGCGCCAAUGGUCGAUCUACGAGAAGAUGUGCAGGACGGUAAAUAAAGAGAUUUUGGACGGCUGGGAGGCGAUGGUGAAGAAAUGGGAUGCGGAACCGGUGAAGAAGGGUAAACCCAGUCCGUAUCGUGUACCUGUUCACACCCGUACCUUGGCGACAGUAAGGAAGGAGCUCGCGCAGGAAGAGAGCGAGGAGAUGUCAGAGGGUGUGUCGCUUCACGAGAUGACCGCUAGCGCCUACAUCUCGAGUGUAUUCACCCUGGAGGACCAAACUUAUGCUGUCAACCUGCGCUCUCAGAAACAAUAUCAAACAGAUCAAGAGGAAGCGACGAUCCAGGUGAAGCGCAAUAAGCUUCACCAUCGCGCGCAGGCGCUUGAGGGAGCUCAAAGCUGUUACGUCCAGGCGGCAGAUGGUCUAUUGGAACGCGUCGAAGCUCAAGUACACGAGGGCGCCCUCGUGCUCCCUCCUCUCAAACUCUGCUCGUAUUCGAAGGCGCGACGCGGUAAGGUGCCGGCUGCGCCGCGCGCCGCAGGCGCCGUCAUCUUGUGGCUACCGUCGAACAUCCCGCCCAAUCUCCGUGGCUCCCUGUGUGUUUCCGGUAUCGCACUCAAGGAGAUCAAGAUGCGAAUUGCCGUGUGUCAGGACUGCCUCCAUAACGUACGCCGCGCUCUUCGCAACGCACGCGCCUUUCAGCUCGACAAGAAGAAGCUUGGGCACGCAAGUCAGCGAGCUUCGACGCGUAACGACACCACUUACAAGGGUAUCGCGGACAAUCUGAAUCGCCAUGUCGCUCGUUAUCGACGUUCCUACGACGCGCUUCUCGUUCUGGAUCCGGAAGAUACCUGCAACUGGCAGGAUACACUGCAAGAACUCAGGAAGUCCGACCUUCGAUCUCCCGUUGACGACGAGGAGCAGCCGAUAUCAGUCGACGACCAGGCCUCCCGUCCAGCUCAGUCAAGCGAAGGGCGGCGAAUUUCCACAUGGAUCUGGCUCGUUCAAGAGGUCGAGACGCGAGACGUUCCAGGUGCACGCAGCAGUGAGGAUGCAUACGAACAUGUUCGUGUCGAAUGGGCGCGAGCCCGUUCCCGCGCGUUCCGGUGGCGCGAAGAAUGCUUAUUGGUACUUGAAGAGAUGCGGCGAGUAGUGUGGUCGCAUCACAGCACUGCGAAUGACUGGCACCGCCGCGCCGCUGAGGUGGAUAGCCUUCCAGGCAUUCUUUCCGACACGCGAGCUGGCCUCCGUGCUCACGCCCUUCGACAAGCGCAAGUGUACACGACGCUGGCCGUGAACUCCGUUAACUGUUGGACACCUUACCUCACGAAACAGUCGUUCACGUUGGCCUGGCCGAAAGCUGUCCUGACUGAACCCGGUAUCGUGCAACGAGGGGCCCUUGCUCUUGCCGGCGGAGGGCCAGCUCCGACGUUGUCCGAGGCAGCGCCCGGUUCCUUCGCGGAAUCCGCGAUCGGACUACCCGCCCGGGUCUCGCGCGGGUCCGGUUUGGUCGAGAACGAUGCAGACGACGAGGACGAGGACGCUCCUGUCGACGACGGAGGCCAGGAAGACUCUGAAAGUGACGGGGAAGACGAUGCGCGACGGUAUGCGUCUGACGACAGCGAUGAUGAGGGACGAAACGAUUUCGGACACUUACAUUUGAACGGUUGA